CUCGCCAAAAUUGCAGUCUCUCACCGCCACCGCUGCCUCCAUUUUCCGUGUAAGUUCCUCAGUCAUACCGCCAUUGCCAUGACCACAAAAUCCGCCCUAAAAAUCGUCUGGUUCUCUUUCCAAACGUAAUUGAAAUUCGUAGAACUCACGAUCCGAGUCGGUUUAUCACUGAGUCUAGAUCUGUUGGAAGCUUAAUCUUCGGCGACGCUUCUGCCUCGAUCUUCAAUCUCUCGACUCCGGAUGGCAAUGUCCGACGCGAUCGAUCGAUUUGAGAUUCUCAGCAUCGAGGGUUCACAGAGCAGUAAUGGAGGAAAUGAAAAUGAAUCAGAUUUCAAAAUCUCAGAGGAGGAGGAGGAGAAGAAGAGUAGAGUUGGGAUGUUGAAGACAAAGGCAAACAAAGUGAGGAAUUCCUUCAAGAAUAAAAGCAAGAUAAGAAGUGAUUUUGCUUCCACAGAUGAUGGCCGGGAAGCCAAAUUAGCGUUGGCUGUUGAUACUUUUAGAGAAAUUCUUACCACUGAGGGUCUUCUUCCUGUAAGGCAUGAUGAUUAUCAUGAAUUGUUGAGAUUUUUGAAAGCCAGAAGGUUUGACAUUGACAAGGCUAAGAAAAUGUGGCAGAACAUGCUUCAGUGGAGGAGAGAUUUUGGGGCUGACACUAUCAUGGAGGAUUUUGUUUUCAACGAAAGAAAUGAAGUGCUGCAAUACUACCCCCAAGGAUAUCAUGGUGUAGAUAAGUUGGGGAGACCAAUAUAUAUAGAAAGAAUAGGAAAACUCAAGCUGGACAAAGUCUUAGGGGUGACCACUCUUGAUAGGUACAUUAAAUACCAUGUCCAGGAAUUUGAGAAGUCCCUAAGUGUUAGGUUUCUUGCCUGCUCAAGAGCUGCAAAAAGGCAUAUAGAUACAUGCCUUACAAUUUUAGAUGUUGAAGGAGUGACAUUGACGAAUUUGACCAAACCUGUUCGAGAUGUUAUCAUGCAAUUGCAGAAGAUUGAUAAUGACAUCUAUCCAGAAACACUGGGCCAAAUGUUCAUAUUAAAUGCUGGUCCUGGGUUUAGGCUCAUCUGGAAUGUACUCAAGCCUUUUCUCGACCCGGAUACUACUUCCAAGAUUCAUGUUCUUGGCAGCUGCUACAAGCGCAAGUUGCUUGAAGUCAUUGAUGAAGGGGAACUGCCGGAGUUCUUAGGCGGUAGCUGCACUUGUGCAGAGGAAGGAGGUUGUUUAAGAUCAAACAAAGGGCCAUGGAAAGCUCAAACCGCAUCACAGUGCUGAUACUUGGGAACCUCAAGGUCUACAACUACAGAAGACAUGUAUUUCUUCUAACUACUUGGAUCUUACAUGUGAGGAUAAAUAUCACUACGCACACAACGUUGUAACGGGAAUUAUGGGAUAAUAAGGUAAUACGUAAAAACUUUGUUCAUAACCAGCAUAAACUUUUAUGUCAUCUUCUCGGGCAUCAAUGUUUAAAGCCCAUGCAGGAACACGCACAAAUGCGUAGUACUACGUAUUUAUUCAUAUUUCACGAACCACAUGCGUUAGUGAGUGCCUCGACCAUGAUGUCAAAGGGAGUAAUGAUUAGAUUUGGCAACCGGGUUACCCCGUUUGAUUCUUACACGGAAAUUUUAGUUUGCUUACAUAGUUAUUUGAAUGAUCAUUAAAUUGAUUGAUUUUUU